UUGAAUUUCUUCUGCAGGACCACAUAGUGCCCCUUGAAUUUGUAACUGAGUGAGUUAAUUCUCCCGCUCCAUUAACAUUUGAAAUAUCUGAGUAACCACCUGAGAUCCUCACAGUAUUUGUCACUUGUCCUGAGCCUUGAGACUCUCACAUGAACUGCUGCACAUCCUCCAGCCUCUACUCUCCUCAGCCUGGCCUGCACUGAAAGCACAAGUCAGGAAAUCAGCGGCGGUCACGUGACGCAGUCCGGGGCGGGGCUAUGCGUCUGCGGCGGCCAGUAGCAGCGCAGCGUCGGUCCAGGUCCCGGCAGCUCCAUGGGGGAAAAAAAAAGAAAAAAAAAGAAAAAAACCCCAGAGAGAGGAGACGAAUAACGGUACUCUCCAAUAUUUAUGGAGCCGACCCCCGCACAUAACCGCACCGCAUCUGUGUCUCCACCUCUGAUGCACUUAUGAAUUAAAGCCUUCGGAAGCGGACGCGGUGAGCGGCGUUUUGGGGGCUGGCGAAAAACAAGCAGUCCACCAUUGUCUGCGUAGAAAUAAGAAUGGCCUGGAUGUGGAAGAGGAAGUCGCUGAUCGCCACCAGUCUGAUCGUGGCGGUGUCGCUCUUCGUGGUCGUGGUGAGCUACUCGGAGAAGCCGUACUUCCUGCUGCAGCCGGUGUUCGGUCAGACGUUCAGCAGCCACUGGAUGUUCUCCAAGCAGCCAUACAAGGCCUUCAAGCCUCACCUGGGCUACGUGAGCAUCCCAAAACAGGAGCCUCUCAAGCUGCACUGUGAGCUCUGCAGCAUUGUGUCCAGCUCUGGACAGAUGUUGGGCCAGGCUGCCGGCCCGCAGAUCGACCGCUCUCCCUGCAUCUGGCGGAUGAACAAUGCGCCCACGCGGGGCUUUGAGCGCGACGUGGGCCAGCGGACCACGCUGAGAGUCGUCUCGCACACCAGCGUCCCCCUUCUGCUGCAGAAGCCCCAGUACUUCUUCGGCCAGGGCAACGACACCGUCUACGUUGUGUGGGGGCCGCUACGAAACAUGAGGAAGGAUGGGAAGGGCAUUGUGUACAACAUGCUGCGGCAGGCGGCGGAGAACUACCCUCAUGCACGUAUCUAUGUCACCACGGAGGACAGGAUGAACUACUGUGACAUGGUCUUCAAGAAGGAGACAGGGAAAGACAGGAUCCAGUCCGGCUCCUACCUCAGCACUGGCUGGUUCACGCUCAUCCUCGCCAUGGACAUGUGCAAAGAGAUCCAUAUCUACGGCAUGAUAAAUGACACCUACUGCAAGACGGAGGGUUACAGAAGGGUUCCCUACCACUACUACGAGGCGGGCAGUCGCGACGAGUGUGCGGAGUACCUGCUCCACGAGAGCGCCCCCUACGGCGGGCACCGCUUCAUCACGGAGAAGUCUGUGUUCGCCAAGUGGGCCAAGUCUCACGCCAUCAAGUUCUUCAACCCGUCCUGGCAGCUGUCGUGACCCUGGCUGAACCAACGCGGAAAUGCUACACCAUCAUCAUUGUCAUCAUCAUCAUCGUCAUCGUCAUCACCAUCUGGGAAACAGCUGAAUCUCAGCAUAGACAGAAAGCGUGUUCCCUGAAGUGACCAUCCAUUUUGGCACAAGUUUCACUCCAUAUCAGUAAGAAGAGCGUAGUUUGGGGGGGGUUGCUCGGCACAUCCUGGAUGACUCAUAUCCAGUCUUCUGACAUUUGCCACUAAGUCAGGCUGACUUCCAGUUAAGGUUUGACCGAACCGUACAGCAAAAACAUAUCUCCUACUUUGUGAAAAUUAAGUCUUUUCUCCUGAAUCUGAGAGCUGAAGGAAAGCAAACGGCACGCCACUCCCCACUGACUGUUCGAUCUGUUUGCUGCUCUGUGAGUUAAGCAAAGGAUGUCUCGAAGACUAAAAGAAAUAUAACUGGAGAAAACAACAUGAGGAAGAAAAAAAAAAACAUCCAUCAACUUGCAGUGACCUCAGCAGCUCAUGUUUCCGCAGGCGCCGUGCAUCGGAAAAGGCUGCAUUCAAUUUUUUUUUUUUUUUUUUUUACAGGAGUGAAGUCGAAGACAGGAGCCACGUUGCCAUGGACAUCUGAUGAGCUCGCCUACUCUGUUUCCUCUGGGUGUCUCGUCUUCUUCUGUCAGGCUGUAAUUAAUCUAUAACAAGUAUCACUAAGCCUUCAUCUCAAAUGGAGGGAGUAUUGAAGGCAGCUUUCAAUUCACUCUGGUCUGAUUAAGGAAGCUGCAACGAACAAGGUCUUUUAAAAAAACGAAACACUACAGGCGAGUACAAAACAGAUUUCAGUCAAACUGGAAGGUGAACCAGAUGUGUCGAUGCGAAUCAGAUUUUCUAACGUCACGCUCUGUUGUGUGAGGUUACUCACACAACUUAAAGAUGUCAGCUUUUUUUUUUUUUCUUUUUUCUUUUGUAAUGCUGUGAAAUUGCAUUUUAGGAGACGUGUUUUGCCAUUGGCGUGAUGUCCGGAUGGAUUGCUAAUUUAUUCUGCAGAGAGAAGUUCCUAACGCUCUUGAACAGUGUGCCAUUGACAAUGUGAGCAUCACAGCACAUAGAGCAAUGUGCAAUUAUAAACUCCAUCCUUACGGAAGGAGUUAAAUCAUUUGUGACCCCGCAGAGGGAGAGAUUUAUGUGUGCAGUGAAACCAUUUGAAGUUAAUUGUAUUCUAUUAUCAUUUUGUGCCUGCGAUAUACUCUGCAGUUCAUUGUAUGGAGACGGAGGAAGAUGCUCUGUCUCCCUCGCUCAUGCUCUCAUCCAGCUUUGUGCCUCUUUGUGUACAGUAUCACUGUGUGAACACAUCUUCCCAUUUGUCUUUGAGCGCAGUGUGUGUGUCUCCUGGUUUGGGCCAUUACAUUUGAAUGCAUCUGUUCCAGGGCAGUGAAGAAUAAUCAGCGAAGUGCUGAGGUGUGGAGGUUGGCUCGUUGCUCCGGAGGGCUGAGACACUCUGACUGUGACCGUGACUCCCCUCCCCAGGCUGUGAUUAGUGUCCCGGCCAGAGCGGCGGCCCGGAGGGAAGGACUGGAAGGAUUCAAAGACUUCUAAUUUAGGCGCCUUAAUGCACAGGGCCCUGACGACUGUAAUGUACUGCAGCUAAGCUGCACAAUCUCACUCAUCCUGCAGAAUAAUGUUUACUAUCACAUUACAUUUGGGGCUAUUUUUCAGCGGGCAGUGAAUUGGUGAUUUACGGGUCAAACGACGCGUAGGUUAAAAGUGGCUGGGUGCCGGAUGUCUUGGCUGUAACUAGUGUCCCACUGAGGACUGUGAGGUCGUGUCCUGUGUAUUUUCACAGUGUGGGAGUUUACAUAUUAUAGUGUGGCGAGGAUUGUAGAAGUAUAUUACAACAUUUGAGCACAUUUCACUACGUCAAGCCAAUAUUCAGCAUCUGUUCCCCAGAGUCGACGUUCAUGGCAGUGUGGCGAAGGCUUCACAGUGAACUUUAGAUCUUCAUUUUAAGAUGGAAAUUUUGCAGAAAAUAUAGCUGAACAGUUAAAUGUACCACAAGGACUUUUUAACAGUCUCAGUUUAAUACUGAUGCGUCCUUCUGACUGAAAUAAUAAUGCCUUUUUCAGUACAGUUAUUAUAGUUAUAUAGCAAAAUCAUAACAUCAUGAGGGAAUGUUGAUAACAUUAACUUAAUGAGCAACAGAACUUGUCAACCUAAGUGUAUGAAUGGCACAGAAACAAAGUUUUCAUUGUGUCUCAACACGUCAUAUCUAAACAACUGAACAGGUCAGUUGCCUGUCACCCCCUAAAUAACACAAAUUACUGAUCUUCAUCAUAAGAUCACCAUUUGUUAACAUCCUGCAAACGGCUGUUGAAAAAACAAAACAUAGCUUUAAAAUGUGCUUCUUUUUUUUUUUUUUACUUGCUUCCAAAACGAAGGUGCGUGCUAGCCAGUUUAAUAUUUUUGUAUAAGUAGGUGUUUUUGUCCACAGGGGGUGCUCGAAAUUAAGGAGAAAUUAAAAUUGGUGUAGCUGCUUUGACUGAAUAAAUUCUGAAUUCAUUCUUUCUGCAUUUCAGUCAUAGGAACCAUAGUCCAUGUUGAGUUCAUGCCCCCCAAAAGUGUCCCUAUUCUGUGGGUAGCCCGGGAACGAUUAGGCUGUUGACUGACGAGACUGAAACUUGUGUACAACAUUCAUAUGACAGGAAGCAAGCAAACACUGCUCUCCACCAGUGAUGAUAUGAAGACUAGAAGUGAAAAUGUCUUCAAAUGUUUGUUGGUGUUAGUCUUCAAACAUCAGUUCAGAAUGUACCAUUUCCUAAUGCAACUUAAAAAUAACAACUUGAUUUUUGUGUCAAAGUCAUGGAUUGUUGGUCCCUCCAUCAGUCCAGUUUUAACCUUCAAUGUUUUUAUGACGAAGUAGUAACAAACAUAAUACGUACGAGACGUAGCUUCCGAUCUCCAUUAUAACUCAAUGUCUCCCCCCUGAUGUAGAUUCUCUGGGAUAGUUGAAAGCCCAAGAAAUAGCAGAUGUACGGAGGAAUGUUCUUCAGAUUGAUCCCAGUUUUAGUCAGACGUCCGGCCGUUUGACCUGCAGAUAUCCCAAACUCUGCCCUCUGUGUUCCUGUUUGUAGCUUGGAUUGCGUGAGGAACGGGAAAUUCUGAUCUGAAAAGCGUACCCUCAGCGCCUACAAAGACUUACAACUCCAAACUCAUUGUAAGUCAACCUAGCUGACAAGAGCAUCAUCGAAAUGUAAAAACGCCCUGCUUUAAAUUCCUCCCAGUAUAGCCCAGCGGAUAGGAGGCGUCCGCAACACGGGCAGGGUCAUGGCUCCGAUGUCCUCUGGGACAACAUGUGCUCGAGAGGUACGCUGCAGCCCGGCGCUCCGAGCGGCUGCGGAUCAAAGUGUCCACUGCGCUAUGUAUGUAAAGCAGAAACAUCUUACAUUAUGAUUCGUCCUCUUCGGAAAACCUGGAGAUAAUUUCAGGGCCUCGGGAAGAGUUCAAAAUUUCACUUCCUUCUAUUCCUUGGAGAAAUGUGCCCUUGAUACUUGAGGCGGGAAUUCAUGCGGUAUGCCGUGCAUGUUACAUGAUUAACGUACAGUAUAUCUUUUCUAAGUUGUUCCUCAGCCCGUGAUUGUGCCGUCAUCUGGCAGCUCUCCACCAAUCAGCUUUACCCCUGCUGUACGGUAAAUCCACCGUGAAGUGUAAAGCGCCUCGCAACAAGGCAAGGAAUUAUGUGUCUGUGCUGGGAGACAUGUCUGAGGUGUGUCGUGGUGCAUUAUUCGAAGAUUUGUUUAAACGCUCACAGCCGGAAGAAGAGCACCGUGUUCCCUGUGUUCAUUUUCCGUCCUCCUUUGUGUUAUUUUUGUGUUUUAUCGUUUAGUUGAUGCAGUUGUUUGUCUGCGGCGUUUUUUUUUUGUUUUUUUUUCGGCUGCAGGUUGCAUGUUGCCAACGAUUUCUGCUGCUUCAGGCUGUGCUCUCGACAAACACUCCCAUUGUUCUGCACUAGAACACACUGGAAGAAUACCCCAGGAUGUAUUAUACAGUAUAUUAUGGAGAAUACGCCCUUUUAUGGGCCCCCAUGAAUCAUCUGUGGCUCACAGGAGGGCGACUGUGGACACAUUGGCUGUGAAUUAGUAACACCGUGAGUGAAUGUGUGAGCAGAGUGGGAGGCAAAAUACUGGAUACUUUAAAAUGUUUUUUGUUUUUUUUUUCUAUUUAGAAGGAGUUUUGUUUAACUUUUGACUUUGGGAAAAAAGCUUAUUUGUUUGAGGUUCAAUGAGAUGGAUAACACUUUCAUAUCUGUGUGGUACAUAUGAGGCUACAUCCAGAGGCUGGUUAGAUCAGCACAAAGACUGGGAGAAGAAAGAAGCAUCUCCGACCGAAGGGAAAAAAAUGUAUAUACUCGUAGCUCUUAAACUCGCAAAAGCCCAAUCCCAGUACACGUCUUGCCAUGCCCUUAGUUGCCCUGUCCCUUCUUUCUGCGUGUUCACGUCAUCGGGGUAGGGAUGUCCUGAUUCUGUUUAGUGGUACAAUCGAAAGGUCGCAAGAACUCUGUUGUUUCAGUCUACUAUGGUCCUUUACCUUAUAACAAGCAUAAACCAACCUCAGCUAGUUUGCAGACGUCUCAGUAGCUAACUAGCUAGCUAGUCUUUGUGCCCAGGUAAGCUCCCCAGCAGCUCGCUGUGAGAUGCAAACAUAUAACUAUCAGCCAAAAAGAAAGCAGCUAAGCCCACCUCCCAAAAUGUUGACCUGUUCCUUUAAUAAUUCUUAUUAGUUUCAGAUCCUCGCUCCUUUGUUUUCAUCCACAGCUUGAACCGAUCAUUUAAUUUGGCCUAAUUUCAUGUUCUGAGCAGAGAAAUCUGCUUGGAAAUGUUUUUGUCUAUCCUUAAAACCUGAAGUAGUCCCUUUGCACCUCACGGUAUAUCUGCAAAAAAGUCACACACACACACACACACACACACACACACAGUGAAAGCAUCGCUUGCCCUCAGCUGCUCUGAAACAGAAGUGGCAUUGGAAUGAGGUCCGAUUAUUCGUUGUUGUACAGCACAAAGUUAAAAAGCAAAACUGAAGGUCACCUCCUCCUGAACAGAGCAGGCUUUGACAAACACUCCUGAUUAAAACGUCUGGCUGUCGCGGUCCGCUGAACAAAGAUGUGAAUUUCAUUAUUUUCAUGAUUCCAUUUAAAAUGCUGUCAUUAUUUUUUGUUUUGUUUUGCUGCGAUCAGUCGAGGUAAUUACUGUCUGUUUCGGAGUACAGAGUUCAGAUUUUAAAGACCUUUUUGAUUGUCUGACUCCCAAGUCGAAAAACUCUUCAGUUCACUAGCUGUAGCAAUUUACUGGUUCUCUCCUGACUGUUGUACUUGUUGCCAUUUUCUCAAAUGCCUCAAGUGCUUUCUUACAUUGAACAAUACAUCUUAUUUCUUUUUUUUCCAGCGUGCAUGUCUUACUAUCAUUUCUGUGUCGUAAAGCACUUUCCUUCUUCAUUUUAAGGUCAAGUGUCCUUGUGAAAUGUGUAACUUUGAGUGUAUGUUGAGUGACAUACAUAGAAUGUAAUAUAACACUGAGGUUGUUAUACUGAGAGGGUUUGUUUUGUUUUUCCCGCUAACAAAGCUAACACAUUCCUUUUAUUGAUGGUGAAUAACAUCCAAAUGCUGCAUGGAUUGUUGCCGGUGAUUGAACUGUACAUUUUGUUAUGAAGCAAGUAGUGAUUAUAUGUAUUAUUCUGUCAUUUGCCAUCUACGUAUUAGCUAAAAUUAUAUAUAUUGUGAGUGUUCUUAUUUUUUACCAACAUUUCUGUCCUCUGUGUCUUUUAUUCUCCGUGGGGAUUAAA